AUGUAUGUGUUGUCUGCUAGUGGAGAGGGUGACUGUUACCUGCGUGUCCCGCCCGACCCGGGCAUUAGGACCAGUGAGGCUGCUGCACUAGGUACUAGUGUGUCUCCUGCCCCAGGUGCUGGUGAGCCUUCCACUCUAGGUGCUAGUCUGUUUGCUGCCUCAGGUGCUGGUGAGGCUGCUACUCUAGGUGCUCGUGAGUCUGCGCCCGCUGCGUCUACUGAGGCACUGCACACCUUCACACUGGACUCAGGUGCUUCCCGCUGUUUCUUUCGUGACCGCACUGCCCUUGAGCAGCUUGCUCGACCGGUUGCAGUCUCCCUCGCUGACCCCUCUGGGGGUCCGGUCAUUGCAACCUCCUCCACUAUCCUUCAUUGUCCUGCGGUCCUGUCGAGCACACUCUCAGGCCUCUACCUCCCCUCGUUCUCUACGAACUUGGUGGCGGGUAGUGCGCUCCAGGAUGGGGGUGUCCACCAGUUCACCCAUGCCUACGAGCGGGGGACACACUGCACGUGUGCUAGGACGGGUCGCCACCUGGCUACUUUUACUCGGCAGCCGGGGUCGGACCUGUACACACUGACCACUGAGUCACCUCAGGUAGCUGCGUCUGCAUCUGCGUCUAGUCAGCUGUCGGCCCCCUACUCGUGUCGCUCCCUGUUGCACCAGACCGUCCUAUGGCACCACCGCCUUGGUCACCCGUCAGUGCAGCGUCUUCGUGGCAUGCACUCCCGGUACCUUGUCUCUGGUUUUCCCAGGGUUCUCCCUCCCCUACCACCCUCGCCUGCUCCUCCCUGUCUUCCCUGUGUCGAGGGGCGGCAGCGCGCCGCUCCUCACUCCUCUUUUCCCCCGACGACUGCUCCCCUGCAGACGCUCCACAUGGACGUGUGGGGCCCAGCCCGCGUCCGUGGACAGGGCCACGAGAGGUACUUCUUGAUAGUUGUUGACGACUACUCGCGCUACACCACGGUCUUCCCCUUGCGCACCAAGGGUGAAGUCCCUGAAGUUUUGAUCCCUUGGAUUCGCGCUGCUCGUCUCCAGCUCAGCGAGAGGUUCCACUCGGACUUUCCUGUCCUGCGUCUGCACUCUAACAGAGGUGGGGAGUUUUCCUCCGACCUCUCGAGGGCCUUCUGUCAGGGGGAGGGCAUUGAGCAGUCGUUCACGCAUCCGGCCUCUCCACAGCAAAAUGGGGUUGCUGAGCGCCACAUUGGCUUGGUCAUGGAGGUCGCUCGUACCUCUUUGAUUCAUGCGGCUGCCCCCCACUUUCUGUGGCCAUUUGCGGUCCAAUACGAUGCGCAUCAGCUCCACCUCUGGCCCCGUGUCUUCGUUCCGGAGACUUCGUCGACACUGCGUUGGACGGGAGAGGUUGAAGAUGCGUCGGUGUUCCGGGUCUGGGGAUCUCGUGCUUUUGUCCGCGAUACGUCCGCGGACAAGCUCUCCUCCCACGUUGUUCCUUGUGUCUUCCUUGGCUUCGUCCCGUACGCGUCUGGUGCUGCUGUGGUAGACCCCCUCCCCCCUCAGGGUGCCGCUCCCUCAGGUGUUUCCCAGAUAGACCCGGUUGAGCCUGUUGAGGUAGCGGUCGACUCUUGUCCUGCUAGGGGUGCUGAGCCUGAGCGUGAGGAGCCUAGGGGGUGCCUGAGGGUGCUGAGUCUGGGGGUACUGAGCCUGGGGGUGCUGAGUCUGGGGGUGCUGAGCCUGAGGGUGCUGAGUCUAGGGGUACUGAGCCUGGGUGUGGUGCGACUGACCGUGCUGCGCCUGGUAGCGCUCCCUCUUCACAUCAGCUGCGGGAGUGGUAGUCGCGGUACUGCAGCCUCUAGUGGGGCGCUUCUGGGGCCAGGGGUACUACUGGAGCUGGUGCUCGUGGUUCCCCGCCUAGGCGGGAGCUGCCCUCUCCCCAGCGGCUUUGAGAGUGGUACGCUCGGCGCUGCAGUCCCCGGAGUGGUGCUACUGGUGUUUUGGACCCUGGAGCUGAUGCUGGAGACACUGCUGGUGCUGGAGGUGCUGCUAGUGCUGGAGCUUCUGGAAGCACUACUGGUGCUGGAGCUACUGGAGGUGCUGCUGGUGCUGGAGCUGCUGGAGGUGCUGCUGGUGCCGGUGCUACUGGAGCUGCUGGAGACGCUGCUGGUGCUGGAGCUGCUGGAGUCGCUGGUCCUGGAGGUGCUCGUACUGGUGGUACUGGAGCUGCUAGGACUGGAGCUGCAGCGGGAGUUGGAGCUGGAGGUGCUGGAGCUGCUGGUGCUCUUGGUGGUGCUGCGGGAUCCUACUGACACGCUUCUCCUCGCCACUGUUGUCACUGACCCUAAAUUUGAGUCCUCUGUUGCGUCUGCUCUAGUCGCUGAGUUAGUUGACUUUGCUGCCGCCUGUCGUCUAGACUACGCAGCUAGCCUUGCUGCUGAGUCUGAGUGUGUCUGUCCUUCGUCCGUCGGGGGUGAGUGUGCUCUUGGCACGGACGUCCUUGAGGACAGGCAGGAGGAGCUCCAGUGCCUUGCUGCUGCUUUACCUCGUCUGGUGUCCAUGCUUGUUGCCCCUGAGGGAGACCCGGAUGCACCAGACAUCCCGACCCCGCGCUCUUACGCAGAGGCGAUAGAGGGUCCCUACUCCUCUCAGUGGCAGACAGCCAUGGACGCCGAGAUGGCUUCCUGGAAGUCCACAGGCACCUACGUCGACGAGAUUCCCCCACCUGGGGCGAACAUCGUCAGUGGUAUGUGA